AUGAAAUACAACGGGAACCAAUAUAUACGAAUAUUCCUAAUGACCCUGAGGGAAACGCCAAUGUGGCCCAUAACCCAGCCGCAAUUUAUACAGAGCAGCUCAAGGGUGUGCCUCAAUUGGACGCUCACGGUUAAUACGGAUGAUAAUACGAGGCUUCGACAAAUUUUGAGAGCUGAGAUUCGGCCCCAAAAUCCAAAGAUCAAGGUUCUGGUUGAGGAACUUUUCAUAUUUCUCGAGAACACUUCAAUGAUAUGUCUCCCCAAACUGCCCUAUGCUGACCAGGUCUAUACCUUUCGGUUUAGGCGUCGAUAUAAUAUCACGCACUUUCCCUGGUCCUCUGCUUUCAAGUCCAAGAAAAUUAGAAGCAUGUCCUCCAUUCCCGCUCGGGCACCGGAGAUACUUCCCAACGGAUUUUACCACGAUGCGAAGAAGAACCAUCUCUUCGUCUUCUGGCGCCAGCUUGACGAGCUGGAGCUAAACGGACCCAACUUUACUUAUGCCGCUGCCACGGGCACUGGGAAGAAUCCUUCAUCCAUCGACAGCAACUGCGCCCUUUUCAGCGACUGGGACCCCACAAUCCCUGGUAUCAUAUACGUUUGGAGCCAGAACUCCAUGGGAAACUCGACAGCUACCACUCGGUUGGAGGUGCCCCUUCUGACCAACUCCGAGUCACUUCAGAUACGUGGGUUGAGGUACUACGACAACAACUACACCCUGACCUGA